UCGUCAGGUGUAGUUCAGCAUUUCUCGAGGUGAAGUGAAAAUUACCUUUGGGAAUAAAUCACUCAAUCGAAUCAUCGAGAUGUUAUUUGAGAAUAAUUUUCGCAAUGCUCUCGUGAUUAUUUUCACCCCUCUGAUUAUCGGAUUUUUCGCGGGCUCGAGUGAUGCCAGCAAUCAAUGCAAAAACAAAGUCAUGAAUAUUGUGAUAAAGAUGUGCAGUGAUACAGGAGGCAGAAAUAAACGGGAUCUUGAGGGUCUGUCGGCUGGAAGUUAUUCAGGGGAUAAGUUUGUUCAUCAUGUUCGGAGAAGACAAGUGGAAGAGAGGACAGCAGAACCUCCAAUCGUCGAUGUUGAGGUGCCUCCGAAUCCGGAGACUGCAGAAGUUCCGGGUGUUUACGUCGGCGAUCCUCCCUCGCAGACGAAAUUUGUCGGGCUUAUUGACCAGGAAUCUAAUUUCGGUGGAGAACUGGGCUUCGAGUUGAGCAUAGACGAGGUGAACGACCUGUAUGAGGAGCUCGCCGAGAGAUUACCGAGGGAGCUGAAGAACGAUGACAUACAGAAGAUGUUCUUCCGUCUGGCUGCUGAGUGCUGUCGGCACGAUGUCGACUCUUGCUUUGAAUCGAAUAAACUAUUGAAAUGCGUAUGAUGAAUGAAGAAAGUUGCACUAUUUUGUCAUUCAUGUUGAUGUUUGUGAACUUGUAAAUAUCAUCAAUUAAUUAAUAAAUAAUUUAUCGCAUAA